AUGGGAAGAGAUAGGAAAAGAAAGCUUAGCUCAGACGACCCAGUUGGUCAACCCAUACAACAGCGACUCGGUGUGGCCGAUACAUUGUCUCGUCUGCAGAGCGAUCACCCGAACAGUGAAGGUUCUAAUGGUAGCCAUGCGUCAAAGAAGCGCAAAAGAGUUGAUGGCGAGAAAGUCAAAUACCCAGAUCUCACGUAUGCUGAGGGAAAACUACAGGCGCCUAUCCGAAUUGCCGAUCUCCAGGGAUUGCUCCUCUAUUGCUUCGCCGAUGGCAUCGCGCCCCAAUGGAUCUCCAUGAAGCAUUCUGGCCAUGUGCGCAAGGUGGCUGUACUAAUGGUACCUGGCCUAGAGAUUGGAAUGUUUGAUGGGACAAUUUCUGUGCAAAAGGAAUCAGCUACUGGGAAGCAAGAGACACAGGAACCCAAGUCGAAUCCGCCUGGAGCCACUGACGAGGUACCUGAAGACGAACACACUGCCGAUUACGAGCGAUGGAAACAGGGCCUCCCAUUACCAGACCGCUCGCAUCGCUUCAAUCCUAGAUCUCUCACGCGCGAUACCCUCCCCGAACCGCUUCAGCCGCUGGCCGACAUGUUUCCUCAUAUCUGGCCUGUUAAGGCGCCGGGCGACAACAAAUAUAACAAGGUGCAUUCGCCACUGCAGGCCAUUCUUAUGUCCUCACCCCCCAAGACUAAAAAUGACGACUCCCAUGCGAAGGGUGCGCGUCCUGCAAAGGUCGAUAAAGGCUUCGUUCCGAAACGAACACCAAUCACAGCCUUUGUUGCUUCGCGUGAGGAUCUACUCGAAAAUGACUUUAUUUUGCAUCCUGCCUUCUUUACUUCGGAUGCUGAGAGAUCCUCCCAGGUGGAGGCUCGUCAGCGAGGCGGGCAGUCGGCAGAAGAUGGAUGGGUGGAUACUCAAGUUCAGACACUGGAGUCUGCUCAACCACCUGAUGCGGAAAUUGAAAAUGGCAGCGUCACUGUUGGGCGAGAUGUUUUUUCGCUCGACUGCGAGAUGUGUAUUACUGAGGGGGGUCAGUCCGAACUCACACGCAUCAGCAUGGUAGGCUGGGACGGCGAGGUGGUCCUUGAUGAACUGGUGAAACCAGGACGGCCGGUGAUCAACUAUCUCACACGUUACUCUGGGAUUACCCCAGAGAUGCUUGAGCCAGUCACCACGACCCUUCGUGAUAUUCAGCAACGGCUCUUGACUCUUCUCACGCCGCGUGCCAUCCUCGUGGGACACUCCCUCAACUCCGACCUUACAGCACUCAAACUUGUCCACCCGUUCAUUGUCGAUACCAGCAUCAUUUACCCACACCCACGUGGUCCACCACUGAAAUGUAGCCUGAAAUGGCUCACCCAGAAAUACCAAAACAAACAGAUACAAAAUGGGAUGGCUGGGCAUGACUCCGUCGAAGACGCCCGUGCUGUCCUUGAACUUGUGAAAUUAAAGUGCGAGAAAGGCGAGCGCUGGGGCACGAGCGACGUUUCCAACGAGAGUAUCUUCCGUCGGCUAUCGCGCUCUACUCGACCAAGUUAUCUCCCUCGUCCUGGCGAAGAACGAACAGGAGCUGUGGUUGACUGGGGCAACCCAGAACGUGGGUUUGGUGCCCAGGCAACUGUCUCCAUUGGAUGCCGAGAUGACGAUGCAGUCGUCAGCGGUGUCUCAGCCGUAAUCAAUGGCGAUGAUUCCAACCCCUCCAUCCCAGCUGGUGGUGUUGACUUUGCCUGGGCUCGCAUUCGUGACCUCGAAUAUCAUCGUGGUUGGUGCAGCCGUCUCCCCGACCCAAAUAACGCCAACGAAUCCACAACUCUUUUUCCUCCUCCUGAAGAAACCACACCGACCACAACCGUUGGCAAUGGGGACUCGACAAAUCUUCCGCAGCCCGAUGUCUUGGCUAACACUGUCUCCCGGACGGUCUCUAACAUCUCGCGCAUUUACGAAUCUCUUCCUCCUUGUACCCUAUUCAUAGUCUACUCUGGAACAGGUGAUCCACGCGAAGUGGGCCGUUUGCAGUCAAUUCACAAGAAGUACCGCGAGGAGUUCCGGUCUGGCAAGCCAUGGGAUGAGCUGACCUACAAGUGGACGGAUGUUGAGGAGCAGGCUCUCAAGAAGGCUUGUGAGCGUGCUCGUGAAGGUUGCGGUUUUAUGUGUGUCAAAUAA